AUGUCGUCUGGAGAUACCGAAAUGAAAGACGCCGUGGCCCCCCACGACCAGAAAACUGAAGCGACUCCAUCUACUGAGAUCUCAUUGGUUGAUGAAAUUCUGCUGGGCUUUGGCUCCUUGCACAAAUCUGCUGCCAACUUCGACAACCGGUAUGUUUCGAAGGUGUUCCGUGAUUUGGGCUCCUUGAGACGUAAGAUUGCCAAAGAUCCCCAAGCGUUGGUUUCUGUCAUUGUGAAGACAUACCCAGCAGACCUGCCCAGCAGAGCCACCUUGUUGGCGCAAUUGCCUCUGGUGGCCGAAACAAUGGACGUCGAGACCCCAUCCGAAUUGCUUCCGGACGUCAACGUCUAUGUGCACUUGCUAGUGCAGCUCUACCUCUUGGACACCCACAACUUGGAUCAGUUGGACAAGUUCAAUCAGUCGUUGCUUGUGUUGUUGCUGUCGUACAAUAGAAGGUCGUUGGACUUUAUCGUGGCCAAAGUGUGGUUUUACAUUGCCAGAACCUACGAGUUACGCAAUGACUGGUUGGCCAUCCGUCCAGCGCUCUUGUCUGCAUUGAGAUCAGCUACCUUGAGACACGAUGACGAGACCACCGCAUCCAUCGUCACCUUAUUGUUGCGUAACUACUUGUCUACACAUGAUAUCAUCCAGGCUGCCAACUUGUGUGAGAAAAUCGUUUUUCCAGCAAACGCAGGCAACGCCUUGACGGCCCGGUACUAUUACUACUUGUCGCGGAUCCACACCAUCCAAUUAGACUAUUCUUCGGCCCACGAAUGUGUAGUGGCCGCCAUUAGAAAGGCUCCACAGACAAAGUUGGCCAAAGGUUUCUUGCAGGAGGCUACUAAGUUGAACAUUAUUAUCGAGUUGUUAAUGGGUGACAUCCCAGAAUUGCGCACGUUCAAGUCUGCUUCUGGCAACUUGGAGCCUUACUUCUAUGUGACAAAGGCAGUGCGUUCCGGUGACUUGAAGUUCUUCCGUGAUGUGUUAAACAAGUACGAGUCGGUGUUCGUUAAAGAUAACAACUUCACCUUGGUGUCCAGAUUGCGCCAAAACGUCAUCAAAACAGGUAUCCGUAUGAUCUCUUUAUCGUACUCUAAGAUUUCCUUGAAGGACAUCUGUAUAAAGUUGCACCUUGAUUCAGAGGAGGCCACUGAGUAUAUCGUAUCAAAGGCCAUCAGAGAUGGCGUUAUCGAAGCAAGCGUCAACCACGAGUACGGUUACAUGCAAUCUAAAGAGUUGUUGGAUGUGUACUCGACGAAGUUGCCCCAGGAGGUGUUUGACCACAGAAUCCGCUUCUGUUUAUCGUUACACACCGACUCAGUCAAAUCUAUGAGAUAUCCUUCUGACGAUAACAAGGCUGAUAUGAGUCGCAAUAAUCUAGACAUACUUGAUGACGAGAUGGGGUUGUUGCAGGCCAUUGAAGAUGGUGACUUGGACGACUUCAUGGAGUAA